CAAAACCAUGGCCGACCCCGUAGUCCCGCACGGCGCGGGAAAGAGUGAAGAGCCUCCGAUGAACAAUAAGUACUACCAAGUUCUCAGUGUGUGGGACAUGCACUUCCCCUGACUUUGAGACCUGCGCCCCGACUCGUACUGACUUUCGGGUGACCCCGAACGAGGAAUCGGCUGGGUCGACGUGAGCCCCGUCCCGUUUAAGCCCCGAUGACCUGGGCCCCGGCUACAGCCUCAACUAAGCCCCACUCAAGCCCCGACUCGAGCCCGGACUGAUCCCAGGACAUCAUGAGAUCAGGUCAUCGGGGAUCAAUAGCAAGAAGAUUGGGAUUUACAGUGGAGAACAGACAAUCCAAAGAAUCACAGCCGAUGUGUUUUUGUCCCUUUUGCGGAGCUAUGAACACUGAAAUUAUCAAUGUUCACGCACGCUCGGCGUCACGAGGACGAGGGCGUGGAUGUGGAACGCCUCGUUGCAUACACCAAUGCGAUGUUUUCAAGAAACGCAAGAGGCCCUGUAAAUAUACCACGAUUGCUGAAUGAUAUUAAAAAGGCAUCAGAUGAUGGUGGAGAUGAGGCUAUGGAGUGGGACAACUCAUAUGGGAUUGAUAUUCUUUAAAAGUGUCCAGAAAAUGAUUCUCACUUUUCUUCGGCAACCGAUGUUCCCGAGGAAGCCAUUUUGAUGUCCGAUGAUGAAGAAGAAGAUACUGAACGUGCACAAGUUGAUGGGCUGAAUUCAAGUUCUGUGGCAGAGGAUUCACCAUCUAAUCUUGGUGCAACGGAACCUAGGGAAAAUGGACAUUCCACGGAGCAACGAUCUGGCAAGGAGUUUUUAUAAAUUCAUUUGUGACGAAUUUGACAAGCGGCUGGACAAGAUCGAGAACGUAAUGCCGUUGUCGAUUGCGACGCUGGUCGACCCGCGCUUCCCGCGGUCCUACUCUCAAAACAUCUUAGCCAAGGCCAGGGCCAAAGUGCUCAUCGAGGAUUUAUUGAAGAAAUACAUCCGAGAAAGCGCGAAUACUGCGGAGGCUGAGCUCGCGGUGCGCUCUACAACAGUCAGAAGUGAACAGGGCGAGGGCGAGAUUGUAGCAGACUUUGUUGUUGCUCCGGAAGGAGGGGAACUGAUUCCAACCACCCAACCAGAAACUCCAGCUAACAAGCGACCUCGGAUCAGCAGACCUCUAAAUGAAAAUGUUACUCGGUCGUGGCUCCUCUGGCUCAGGACCCUCUGGCUCAGGACCCUCUGGCACAGGACCGGCGCAGGACCCUCCCAUGGCUACGAUGACUCCAAUCGGCAUGAUGGCAACGUGACGACUUACGGGUCCAUAGUAGAGCUUGACUUCACCUGCAUGUCUUUCAUCUACGACCACCGCACUGAAAAUCCAAGUGAUUCCCCACCUUCCAAAACUGAGGUUCAGUUCCAAGACAGAUCUGUAAGGGCAAUAACUACUCUUGACAUUCCGCAUCUAGCUGACAUUCCUGAGUUCUGUUAA